UACUGCCCCAGCGUGGCCACACUGCCUGACCUCUGCUCAGAUAGAGAGCUAAUAAAGCCUCUAUGUGACAGAUAUAUAGGGCUGGGAACGUCUUACUCGAAAGACAACUAAAAGAAAGGAUGUCCUUUCAGGACUGGGAGAUUACUUUUGAGGAGAGGACUGAAGAACUUGUGGAAGAUUAUGGAGACAGCUGGCGGUUAAAGUUUGACGACAACAUCGAGCCAGACAACCCAGCCCAGGACUGGUUUCAGUAUAUCCGGGGAGCUUUUGCAAGGUUCCAAUGCUCCAAGUGUAAAAAGACUUGGCCCUCCAGAAGGGUGCUGGUUGUGUUUCACUUUCGCCUGGAUGGAAGGAAAAGGAAGGGGACAGUCGAAGCACGUCGCUUCCGACAGGAGUGCCGAAGGUGCCAGGAAGCCAAGAUGGAGGAGCCCCAGUUCGACUCGGACAACAUUGAGGUGCUGCUGGAGAAGCUGGUGGAGAGAAUCCGCAUGAGGUGCUACAGAGAGACCCUGGACGGGAUCCAAAGAGACUUUCGGCCGGUCGGGAGGUCUGAGGGACCACAUGAGUCUUCCCACUGUGAGGCCUGUCUGAAAGGCGUCUGCAGAAAAGCAGAAUAACACUCAUGUUGUAAGAGCCAAAUGCUGUGUUCAGAUUGUUGUUCCUUUGUUUAACACUGGGUGGCGCAUUUGUCUAGGGUAUAAAGGUAGCAAAUACUACCUCAGUAGUUCGGUAUGAGACCGAACUCCUCUAACACAUGUAUUAGCCGAAGCAGUGACAUUUAGAAACACUGUAUGCAUCAGUUUCAGUGUUGGGUGUAACGCGUUACAAAAGUAAUGUAAUUACUGUAAUAUAUUGCUGUUUGCGGUAACAUGGUAAUGUAAGGCAUUACAAAAAAAGGGUAAUAUUUUACUCGGUACAAACUUCAGUAACGCGCGUUACAAUGCAUUUAACCCGAAAUUAAGUGGUGUUUUGUUUUGAUACAUAUUCGCAAACACCACGCGAGAACAACAGAGAAAAAAUCCUGUGACUGUGGCUGCAGCAGACUCGCAGGCGGACUCUAUUUGCGGGAUGGACAUAAGCCUACGCUCAUUAUUUUCAGCUUGUCAGAGACAAGGCUAUGAAGAACAUAAUAGUUAGUGCACUUUGUGUGCGAAACCAAAAGAUCUCUCUAUGCCUCGCGAAAUAGCACAAGUAAGUUAAUGAAACAUCUAAAGUAGUGCCAUGCUAAUCUUUUUGAUUCUUGAUAAAACACAAACUAUGCUGUUGUGCAUGUCAGCUUUGUGCUGUGAACUUGAAUUGAAGAUUGUGUAGCCUGGCAGUGCCACCGCUCCCACCACGCACUUUGCGUUGGGCACCAAAGGACAGAGGGGGCACCCAAAUGUAACCAAUGAAUAGUAGCUUUACGGCAAACUGCGUUUCACUCUUCAUCAAUAACGUUUCAAUGUCAAAAUGCACUAACACGAUGUUACAUGCAAGUUUGAUACCUUUUGGAUUCUCUCAAUCACCACGUAGUACUAGAAUGAUUGGGUCUUCAAUCAUUCGUUUUCCAAGCAUUUAGGCUACAUGAAGCACAUGAUAUGCUGAGUCGACUGAAACUCAUUCCAUUCAGAUAGCUAGGUGGAUACCAGGCUCAUAAUUCACUUGUAUUCGCAAAACGAAAUGUGAAGCAACAUGUCAUUG